AAAGAAACUUUAAUGUUUCACUCAGGCCCAGAUAAUCUCUAAAUUUCAGAAAAAUGAAAUUAUUGAAGGGCCACUUUGACGACCGCAUGAAUGUUUUUCCUGUGAAGGUGACCGCUGUUUUUGGGACGAAACUGGACAAAACAGACCUGUAGCCUAAUCGUGCUCCCUUUUCGCAUCAAAAGAACAAUAUAAACUUUUAAAAAAAGGGAAAUUACUCAGUUGUCCUGCUGACCCGGUUAGUCUAAGAUGUUAAUUACCAGGAUAUUACAUAUAAAAUGGGCGGAGAGCUGAGGACGUUUCCUCUGAGGCUGGGAUCUCACAAUGACAGAGUCCGUCCGACGGAGCAACAUGACACAUCCUGCCUGUUUUAUAUGGAUUUUCUUCUCCUCGUGGAGUAUAAUUGCCGGUAAUGUGGAGAAUCUGCCUCAUGUGAUAAAGUACCAAACAGCGACACCUCAGAGGCUGCAGGCUUGGCCUCUGCCAAACGAUGCUGCUGCUGCUGCUGCUGAACACAAGAAAUACCCAGACGUUGUUCAGUAUUCUGUGAGUAUUGCUGGGAAAAACUACACUCUGCACCUGGAGAAGAACAAAAACCUUGUCGGGAAAAGCUUCACUGUGACCUACUAUACUGACCAGGGUACCCAAGAUUCAACUCCCUCCAGUCAUGAGGCCCACUGCUACUACCAUGGACAUGUUGUGGGAGUGGAGGACUCCUCUGCCAGCGUUGGAUUGUGCUCAGGAAUAAAGGGCUUCAUUGUUCUCCACGACCAGACGUACCUCAUUGAACCCCUGCCUGGUCAGGAGACAGGACAGCAGGAUGGAGCUCACAGGGACGGCGAUCCGCACGCCGUCUACAACUACAAGCACCUGAGGAGGAAGAGGAGCUCCUGUUCCCAUGGAAACACGACCACUUUCUACGACCACGGCGCUCGUCCGUCUGGACUCUUCCAGCUUGGCAGUCUGAAAAGCAGAGCGCAGACCAAAGAGCAGAAAAGCAAACCCAGGACUGUGGAGUUGGCAGUAGUGGUGGACACCACGGAGUACAAGAAGUUUGGCAGCAAGAAGGCGGUGGAGGCCAGAGUGCUCGAAGUAGCAAACCACGUGGACAAGUUGUAUCGGCCCGUUGGUGUUCGGGUGAUGAUGGUCGGUCUGCACAUCUGGACGUACAAGGAUGAAAUCGAGGUCAGCAGCACCCCCGAGGUCACGCUGGUUCGAUUUCUCGAGUGGCGUCAGCGGCACCUGCUGCCGAGAACUAAACACGACAACGCACAGUUCAUCACAGGUGUGGACUUUGAGGGCUCCACCGUUGGAUUAGCAAACACUAAUGCAAUGUGCACCUCUAACUCAGGAGCUGUCAACGAGGACCAUAACACCAACUCGAUAGGAGUGGCCUCCACCAUUGCACACGAGAUGGGUCACAACCUGGGUUUGUCCCAUGAUACAGAGCACUGCGUCUGCGGCUUCCUGCCAUCAAAGAAAGGCUGCAUCAUGGCUGAGAGUGUUGGCCUUGAGUAUCCCAAGCAGUUCAGCAGCUGCAGUCAAAAGCAGCUCAGCAGGUUCCUGGAGGAGAUCAAUCCCGCUUGUCUGCUGGAUACUCCCUCCACUGAUCGCGUCUACGGAGGGCCAGUAUGUGGGAAUGCCUUCUUAGAGCCUGGGGAGGAGUGUGACUGUGGCACCGUGGAGGAGUGCAAAAAUCCCUGCUGCAACGCGACAACCUGCCAGCUGAAUGCAGGGGCUCAGUGUGCAGAAGGAGAGUGCUGCCACAAAUGCCAACUGAAGCCGACAGGCAGCAUCUGCCGACCGAGAGCCGGAGACUGUGACCUGGCUGAAUACUGCACGGGCCUCUCUGCAGCCUGCCCCGCCGACGCUUUCACCCAAAACGGCCGGCUGUGCAACCGCGGGAGAGGAUACUGCUACAAUGGGCAGUGUCCAUCACGCCAAGAUCACUGCAAGAGACUUUGGGGACCAGAGGCUGAAGUCGCCGUGGACGCUUGUUUCUCUCAGUAUGGAACCUGCAGAAGGUCCCUGUUAAAUCAGAGAUGUUCCAGUCGGGAUCAAUCUUGUGGAAAACUUUUCUGCUCCGGAGGAUGGAAGUUUCCUGUAACAUCCAUGAAGGUUUCUUACAGUGUGGGAGGAGUAAUAACUUGCAACGAGGCAACCAUGAACCCCGAGGACAACUACCCUUCGGAUCUCGGCAUGGUGCCUACUGGUACCAAGUGUGGCAAUAAUAUGGUAUGCUACAAUCAAAAAUGUGAAGAUAUCAAGAACAUUAAAGCAUACGGAACAAAUGACUGUUCGUCUAAAUGUAACAACCACGGGGUGUGCAACCACGAGAGCAAAUGUCACUGCGAUCCAGGCUGGGCUCCACCUUACUGUGCCGUGCAGCAGUCCGAGCUGAUUAAAGGGUCAAGCCUAACCGUAGUCAUCGUGUCAGUGGUCGUUUGCUUACUUCUGCUGCUGGUUCUGCUUAUUGGUAGUCUGAUGUGCUUCAUCAGAAAAAGGACACCGACAAAGAGGUUUCGUGCCAUGACCUCAGGACAAUCAAACCCAGUGUUUCAGUCGAGCACCAGGCGAGGCAGCUCUCGCCGGCCUUUCACACACAUCAGCCAGCCUACAUUUGUGGAGUCGUCUGUCUCUCAGGCCUGUAAGCCUCUGUCCUCCGCUGCUGUCAGACCGCAGACUGGAGCGCUGAGGCCCAGCAGAGCAGCUCCAGAGCCUCCCAGAAAAGAACCAGCUGGAUCUCACUUAUCAAAGGUUCAUCAGGUUGGGAGGAUGUUAAUGCAGCCAUCAAAUGUUUCGAAGCUGCCAAUUUAUACUGAGCCUAAGCCCCUCCCACCUUCUAGACCGCUACCCCCACUUGCAUCAAAACCAAACAUGAAGCCUAAACCUCCGAUGCCUCCGCUGAAGCCGAAGCCGAAGCCUUCUCCAGUCCAGUCUUCCCUGCCACAUACCCAGCUGCUUGGAGGGAGAGCUCCUCUGAUGCCCCCCCACAGGCCGAGAUGAUAGCGGGAAUAAUUCACACAGCUGUAAAUACUAACGUUCUCUGGCAGACAUCCCCUUUGAAGACGCCUGCCUGUUUUACAUGUGGGGAAAAGACCCACAGGGAGAUUUGUCCCAGUCUCCCCGGGGAUGACCUCUUGUCUACGUCUUGCCAGUCUCCGUCUUCAGCUGGUGUACCUGAAGCGAUGUUCGACAAAGCUGAGCUUAAGUGCUCAGUGGAUGACAAAUGGCGCUGCCGCUACGAUCACGAUUGAUUUUACUGUUGAAGGGAAAUUAUUUACUGCGGUAAUACGGGGAUUUUUCAGCGUUCCAUGAGGCGCCGGCACUAUUAAUGUCUUUGUUUACACAUAUCCUGGAUAGGACUAGAUUUCUCAAGUGUCCUGGUUCCGCGUGUUAUUCUGUUUUCAGAAGCUUGGGUGAAAUGUUAUCCUGCAUACUUGCAUAAAAUGUUACUUGGAGAACAAGAAAUCAAAAUGCAGGUAUGUACAGGUAGAUAAAUAAUCAGGUUUCUCAUGUUCCAUGUAAACAGCCUUUCUGGAACAUGAUCUAAACUCAGAGGGAACUUGAUAUAUUACCAACAAUGUAAACACUCUCAGAUAUAGUAAUUUUUAGUUUCUUUUAAUGUGGUUCUGGUACAACUUAAAUUCUUUUUAUGUAAGGCUGAGACACCCUGGCUGAAGAAGAAAAAAAAACUGUUAAAAGCUUCUCAGACAGAUUUUCCAUCAAGCAGCAGUUUACAUCCUUUUGUGUUUAAUUUAGAUUAUACUUCCUUUUAUGUUCAUUUACAUGUUAUUUUCAAAGAAUUGUCUGUUUCGUGAUUUGCCACACCAUUCAAUAAUUUAUUGGUUAUUUCAUAUCUGUUUUUUUUUUUCAUUGUACUUAUAGUGUGUUAGUGGUUUUUUAUGGUGGUUUUGUAUUUCAAAUGGUCACUUUAAUGUCUAUUUAUGUUUUUUUUAUGACCAAGAGUGGUUGGCAUCCGUCUGUCCAAUGAAUGCUGUUAAGUGGUUGAAAUCCUUUGUCCUCCUUUUUUGUUGUUUUAUUUUUUUUUCAUUGUCAGCCUGGUAUUUGUGUCUCUCAUGUGGGUUUAUAUUACAGCAUCAGUGGCAGAAGCCCAGUAGCUCCACCGGCUGCUGUGUAAUGUGCCGUUCAGCACUGACAUGGCACUUUAAUCAUUAUAUAUAUAUAUAUAUAUAUAUAUAUAUAUAUAUAUAUAUAUAUAUAUAUAUAUAUAUAUAUAUAUAUCUUUUUGUACCAAUCUGUAGAGACUAUCUGACAUCAUGAUUGUAAUUCUUAUGUGUAUUUUAUGAUUAUCUGCAAUUAUGAUACAAGUGGGAAAAUUGUGCCUUGAUUAUUUUUUUGCAAAUU